AUGCCUCCUUCCCAGAUGCAGAGCUAUGGUCCAGAGUUUCAACAGAAUGGCCAAACUGCGCACCCCUAUUUCCAAUACUCUCAAUGUAAUGGGCGAAAGAAAGCACUCUGUAUCGGAAUCAACUACUAUCGAACGAGCAAUGAGCUGAAAGGAUGCGUCAAUGAUGCCAACAAUAUGCGUAACUUCUUGUGUCGUCAAUUUGGAUACCAGAUGGACGAUAUUGUCAUGCUCACCGACGAUCAGUCAAACCCUCGGUCUAUUCCCACUCGUGCGAAUAUUCUACAAGCAAUGCAAUGGCUUGUGAGAGAUGCGCAGCCCAAUGACUCGCUUUUCUUCCACUAUUCCGGUCACGGUGGCCAGACCCCUGACCAGGACGGCGAUGAAGAAGAUGGCUAUGACGAAGUCAUCUAUCCAGUCGACUUCGAACAGACCAGCCAUAUAGUGGAUGAUGACAUGUUCUUCAUUAUGGUCAAGCCCUUGCCGCCUGGUUGCCGGUUGACUGCGAUCUUCGACUCUUGCCACAGUGGCAGCGCUCUCGAUCUUCCUUACAUGUAUUCUACGGAAGGCAAGAUCAAGGAACCCAAUCUGCUCGCUGAAGCCGGGCAAGGUCUUCUGCAAGCUGGUCUUUCUUACGCUCGCGGCGACAUCGGAGGCUUGAUGCAAAAUGCCAUGUCGUUGUUCAAGACAGCUACAGGAAGCGAGGCUAAGGCAAACCGGUAUGCUCGACAGACCCGCACUGCACCAUGUGACGCUAUAUCUUUCUCCGGUUGCAAGGACUCUCAGACAUCGGCCGACACUGUGGAGGCCGGCCAGGCUACAGGCGCGAUGAGCUAUGCGUUCAUCAGAGCGCUCUCUGAAAACCCGCAACAGAGCUACCAGCAGCUUCUUAUAUCUGUUCGCCGUAUCCUUUCGAACGAAUACAGCCAGAAGCCGCAGCUGACAAGCUCCCACCCUAUUGACACUAACAUUUUAUUCAUCGCGUGA